GCCUUUGCUUUUCAAUCUUUAGGCUUAUCAUUGAUUGGAUGAUAACAGUUUCUUGGUUCGUCCCAUUUAAACAUUUCCAGCCAAUACCGAGUCGCUAUCAUUGCCACUCAACUCCGCCCAGUUCUCUCUCUCAUUCCACUCUUUCCAACAUGUAACAAGCUCAUGUAACAUCAGUUUGACAAUUACUUUCCUUCAAAUCAAGUGAACAACCAAAUCUUAUAAAUCUCUCUCUCUUUUUUUGUCUCUCGUUAUCUUUAAAUAAGAGACCAAAAUCCCGUGUUUAUUCGGCCUUUUUUUCUCAUUCUAUCUUCAUCUUCAUCUUUAAUCAUCUCUCAACCUUUUACUACCUCAACAUCUUGAUAUCAACAAGAAUCUCUCAUCGCUUUUAUUGAUCAACAAGAAUCUUAUCAGUGUGCAUAUUUUGUGACAAUUGAACCAGUUUCAUCCCCGGGAUUAAUCGAUUCAAUCAAAAGCUCAUUAAACGUCAUAACCAAGUGAAAUCCAAAGUGACGUUUGUGUAAUUGUUUUUUAUUUUUCAUCAUUUAUCUUUUGUUCAUUUAGUUCUUAUGCUGUUGUUAAUUUCAUUGGAUUGAUAUCUCACCUUGAAUUUCAUCUCAAGUUGAAUUGAUCCAAUAAGGUGAUACAGGAAAAUGUUUCAAAAUUUUGUCACUGGACCACCUUAUUCCAACUCGGGAAACCAACAGAAUCCAUACAUUGGUUUAUACAGAGGACAAUAUGUUUCCUCAGAUUCAGACAAUUCAGGACUCAGAGCUUCACCUUCAUGGGCUUCUGGAUCCAGCAACUGUAACUCUGAUGAUAAUCCUUACCAUUCAUCGCAUUGUAAUAACUCAAUCUCGGGAAGACUUCAAUUUCAGGCACCCCUGGCCAGCUCUAAUCACCUGAGCAGCUCCAAUUUGAACUCAGGUACUGUUAGUGUUUCUUCAGCUCCAUCAAUGUUACACAUCUCUAAGUCUUCAAAUUCACAUUCAUCUCUUGAAUCGCGAAGCAAGGGUCGAUCAGGAGGAAAUAAUAAUAAUACCAAUAAUAAUAGUAAUAAUAAUCAAGGUGGAAAUAACAAUUCAAAUAGUAAUGUUGAAGUGUCAUCAGUGGCAAGUGGAACAAGUAGUUCUAGUAAUACAAAUGGUAUCAAUAGUAGCCUAAACAAACCCCGUGAAGGUAAUAAUAAUGCAAAUAGCACUAAUGGUUCAUCUUCAUCCACCUUUAAUCCAUCAAGUCCACUUCAUCCAUCAUCAUCUUCCAUCUCAUCCUACAAUCAUCCAGCUCAUCUCACCUCUCAUCCUCACCAUCCUCUAUCCAGUCAUCAUACCAGUUAUUAUGGUAGCAACAGCAGUAGCAACGGUCCAGCAAGUUCAUCACCAAGUUCAACUGACCUUUCAUCGCCUUCAUAUGGAUUCCCUCAUCAUCCCCACCAUCUUCACCAUCAUUCAGCCAAUUCGGCUCCAUCCAUCUUCCACAGUAGUUCUAAGUCUUUAUCCAGUUCACAUUCAACUCUUAGCAACAAAUCAAGGACCAAAGGAAGGUCAACCUCCGAAGGCCGUGAAUGCGUUAAUUGUGGUGCUACUUCAACUCCUCUCUGGCGACGAGACGGAACAGGUCAUUACCUUUGUAAUGCUUGUGGACUUUACCAUAAAAUGAAUGGUCAAAAUAGACCUUUAAUAAAGCCCAAAAGAAGAUUGUCCGCAUCAAGGAGAGCAGGGACGAGUUGUGCCAAUUGUAAAACAUCAACAACAACAUUAUGGCGCCGUAACCAGAAUGGCGAGCCUGUUUGCAAUGCAUGUGGUCUAUACUAUAAACUGCAUAAUGUUAAUCGACCGUUGACUAUGAAAAAGGAUGGAAUUCAAACUCGAAAUAGAAAAUUAUCGUCAAAAGGAAAGAAAAAGAAAGGCCUUUUACCCAUAACCGAAGUUCCACAUUUAAAACCUUUGGAUCCAUCUAAACCAUUCUGCAGUUUUGCACCCACUCAUGGUCAUCUCAGUUCAGCCAUGAGCUCGAUGUCAGCAAUGUCAGCCGUUAACCAUUAUGUUCAUGGAGCAGGAAACAUGCCUUUAGGAAUGGGAGGAUCACACUUCAUGUCCAGCCACACAGCUCUUUCAUUCCAGGCCAGUGGACAGAUUCUGGGUUCAAUGGGAGCCGGAGGAUUGGGUUUGCCUUCCACGAGUAGCAUGGUUGGAGCGAUGGCUUGAUAAAUAUAAAUUAAUUUUCAUUCGCAUUCAUCAUUCGCCAAUAUCACCACCAUUCUCAUCAUCAUCAUCAUCAUCUUCACCAACCUCAUCAUCAUCCUCAUGGUAAUCCUGACAAAGGACAAGAAAAGUUAUUCCUCUUCAUUUUUGCAUUGUUAACUCGCUCAUUAUGAUGAUUGGUCGUCAACCCUUAUAAGUCCAACUUCACUGCAGUUAAUCAACUUUUUUGGUUGCAAACUUAUUCUUGUCAUUCUUAUCAUCAUGUGCAGCAACAAAGGUCAAUUCAAACAUUGAAUUUUGACAUCAUUUUUCCUGAUCAUCAACAUUAUUCAUUAUCCAUGUUUGUGUUCUCCCUCAUCACUGGCCAAUCCAUCAUUUGACCAGCAUAUAACAACUUCAUCUCUCUUACUUUUCUCUCUCUUUCCUUUCCUUCUUUUUUCUACCUUUUAUCAACUUCUUUUCAAUGUGACCAACAUCCAAAAACUCCUCAACAAAUGGAUAACACAAAAAGACACAAAAAAAGCAAAACACUGAACCAAGCCAACUGAGAGAAACUAAAAUAUCACAGCUUAUCAAAACAGAUCUUCAGAUUUAUGCAUGUUAAUCAACUUUACUCAUUUAUAAAUAUUAUACAUAAAUAUAUUCAAAUCAAACUGAAAACUAAAUGCUGAUAAACAGAUGAAGGAAAGACUAAGGAAAGCAAAUUAAUAAUAAAACUGAAUUAACAUGCAUAACAACCUUUUUUUUGUCAAAACUCAAUAAACACUGAAUAAAAUUAAAUUUCAAUUUUAUUGUAAAUCAAAUGUAACUAUCAUUUUAUCCCAAUUCUCAUCCCACUCUUCAUCAUCUCAUAGUACUUAUAACUGUAUCUAAAUGAAAAUAAAUAUAAAUUGUGAACGCAAGUAAAGGAAUAAUCGAUUGCUUGAGCGAACAUUAA